AUGUCCAGUGGCACUUUCUUUUUUUCCGAAUAUCUUGCAACGGAAACGCUCUCUAAUGUCAGCCAUGAACGGUUGAGCAAUUUAUCAAACGGAAACUGGUACUUCAACGGCACGUCGUGCGUCUUCAACGUCUCACGCAUCGAUCCUAUUGUCGACGACUUUAGCAUUGCUUAUAAGGCAGUCAUCAGACUCUUGUAUACUCUCAUCGCCAUUUUGGGUGUCGUCGGAAAUGUUUCGAUCAUUUUCGUCUUAUACAAGAACGGACGUCGUCGACACGAGUAUCCUUCCAACGUCUGCCUCUUGAAAGUAGCCGUCAUCGAUUUGCUCUAUUUUCUUGUCUGCCAUCCCAUCAUCAUGUGGAAUCUCCUCAGAGAAGGAACGUGGAGAACGGGCGACGUCAUAUGUCGUAUUAACGGAGGCCUGAACUGCAUGGUUUACCUCACCGCCUGCUACAGCUUGCCUCUCAUCAGUCUCGAGAGACAGUUGAAUAUCACCUAUCCGAUUAAGCUCAGAUCUUUGUCCGUCGGCAGAGUCAAGAUUUUCUCGCCUGUCUCUGGACGUUCUCGCUCGUUUGCGCCAUUCUUGCCAUUUUUGGCAUCAGCGAGUACAUCGUCUACCGCAAUCCGUUAG